AUGACAAACAAAAAUAUGGGAGACAGAAAAUGCGAAGAGUUGUUCAAGAUAUUGCAGAGAGGAAAAGAGAUUCUUUUGAAUGCAAAUGAAAGUUCCAAUUAUGACUUACACCCCGAUGAAAAAAAUGGAAACGACUUCGACACAACUCCUCCAGACCCAACUGGUAUGAUGAAAUUGAACGCUGGCCAUCGCCUAUCAGAAGAUUUUAGGGAAAAAAUGAAGCAAUGGUAUGCUGAAUAUGAACAAAUUGCCCUCAUCGCUAAUUAUGGCGACAUCAAGGAAAGUGUCGAUGAAUGGGCAAAUAAUUUUGCACAGAACGUUGGAGUUAACUUACCAAGCGACAAGAAACCGACAUUCGAUGAAGAAGCAUACAUAGAGAAAUGCUCUGAACAUGUGGAUCUAUUGGAAGCAAUGCAUGGCAUUAUGUCAGAUGACGUGUGGACACUCAAUGGUAUUGGACCAGGUGGACUUACUACUAUGGAAUGGUUGAGAUUCCGCAUGGGCUCUUACUCCAAUUUUGGUUGUCGCUUCUUUGACAUUGGAAGAUUCCAAAGUGCUCUUUAUUGUUUCCAAAGAAGCACAUCGGUAGCUGGUGCAACAAUUCUGGCUUCAAAAGCUGAAGAACUGUUAAAAUCAAAGCAGACGGAAUUAGCUUUGUAUUAUUACAGAGUACUCUUGGACAAACCCAGUCAUCAAGAAGAAGCUGUGGAGAUGAAAUAUAAACCAGUAGAGAAGCUCAGACAGACCAACUUUGUCAAAACAAUGCUUCAUGCAGACUAUUUGUUGAAGAUGCUGUCAAUGGGUUGCGAAGUGUCAUCGAAGGCUCCAUUCAAAAUGCGUGACGCAACUGGUCCAAGUGGAUUCGUGACUUCAUUACCUGACGGUAUUCAAGAAUUGGUGAAAGCUAUCAGUAUGCGCAAGGAUGGUCAAACCGUUGGAAAUGCUCACAGAUUUUGGAUUGAAGCAGGGAAGCUCCCUUAUCAUGUGGUCGCCGAUGACGAGAAUAAACUAGUGAAUUACAUGUUUGGGUAUUGCCCCAUGAAAGUCAGGACUCAUAUCUUGAAACGGAACGCACUUGGAGAGCUAGUCGAUGAUUGCGACAAUGACGAUGAUAUCGAUGCCGAGAUGACGCCGGAGAAAGAGUUUGCGGCUGACUUCUCCCAUUUUUAUGACGAAAUUGGAGGUCAUUUCCCUGUUUUGCUGAGAUUGCGGGAGCUGCACAAACUGGGUGCUGUCUAUAUGAUCCUGAAAAAUUUUGCUGACAAUAUGGAAGAGUCCAAAAAGUCCGUUGUCAUUGAUACUGAGCCGAUCAAAAGGUUAUUGAGAGAAAUGAAGUCGCAGAUUGAAUACCCUAUGAACACAGACAGACAGCGGAAUUGGUUGUUUUACGAGACUCUUCGGGAAAAUGGCGUCUCUGAAAGCGAAGUGGAUCAAAACGAACUGGAUCGAGUCAUGUCCAAUAUAAAAAAGCAGUUAGCAGAGGCCGAUAGGAAAAUCGUCUCUAAUAUCGCUGAAGGUCUUGAAAAGAACCUCAAAAUGCGACAAAACUCAUUGAAAAACCUUGUAGAAAUAUGGUUGAAUCAAAAUGCAAAUGAAGCACUAGUCUCCAACAUUGCCAACCAUUUGAAAGACAGAAGAAUCGCAGAUUUGAGUCAAUUUUCCAUUUUCGCUUCGAAGUUGGGAAUCUUCUUCAAAGACAGCGAAGACAUCUGUGAGGAAGACCAUUCUGAAUGUGUGUGGGUUCCAUCUGCAUUUCAUAAACGAUGUCCGUGUCGUGUAUACGGAGGUGUUCUUUUGGUACAGCGGCUGGAAGCGUAUGGAGGUGGUAAUGGAGGUGGUAAUACAGGUGGUAAUGGAGGUGGUAAUACAGGUGGUAAUGGAGAUGGUAGUGGUGGAGGAGGAAAGCAUGACAAUAAGUUGCACAGAAACAAUAAGAAAUUUACUAGUCCUAACAUGGUCUUCUACACCAUCAACAUUUUCUGUCGAGAGACCGGUGCGUUCGUGGACACCUACAAGAUAGGAAUCUCGGCAGAUCCUCGAAAGACCAAGGGCAUUCCACGUCGACUUUACGUUCAAAUAAAGGCCUUAAACGAAGGUCGAGUUCAAGGUCUGGUGCACGAUCACACAAAAUUCGAAUACCGAGGUCGACACCAUAUAUUCAAAGACCCCAUGGAACGAGGAGAGUUGGAAGAAUUGGAAACUAAAAGAAUAUUGGCCUACCUCACGAAGAGGGAUAGAAGCAUUGUAGGCAACAAUUGUCAUACAGCGAAACAAGGAAGAAAGGAUAUGGCGUCACGAAACCUCGAAAAUCCGGAUAUCCAAGCAACCGAAAUGAAGAAUGUAACAUCACAGUGA